AUGCCUUCUACAUUGCCACCGCCGAUAGAAAUUUACAACACGGAAUUACCCGUAAAUUUAAAUCUAAUAGAAGAAACUGUAUUUGAUAAACCGACAUCUGUAGAAUUAAAAAACACAUUAAACGUACCUGAUGAUGAUGAUAAGUUUGUACAUCCAACUAUUGUUAGUAGAAAUGUUGUGUGUGAAGCGUUAGAUUACGUUGAUUCACUACAAAAUACAUCAUCAAAAGAAUUAAAUACGAUAACUUACAACGCUAUUGGUACGGAAACCAAUGAUGUGAAUUGGGAUAAUAUGUUUGAUUCGGAGUUAUUUGGUGAUGUAGAAGGAAACGGUAUUGAUAGAGAAGUUUAUGGUGAGCCCAAUACGCUUGAUGCUAUAUUUCAAAAAGAACAUACCAAUCAAAUCACCAAAACCGUUUGUAAUGAAAAGAGUUAUCAAAAAUGUGAUAAAAAGCGUAAGUUGUUUGGUGAUGUAACAGAAAAUGCUAUUAAUAAAGAAGUUAAUGGUGAGGCCAAUAUGUCUGAUGCUAUAAUUCUUAAACAAAAUAACAAGGACAUCACUAAAACAGAUUUUAAUAAAAACUGUAAUAAAAAGCGUAGGACCACUGAUGCGGUCUCAACUAGAAAUAUAAAAAAAACCAAGCAUCAAAAUCUUAACCUAAUUGACCCAAUUGAAAAAUCUAAUAAAACUAAUGAAGUUACCCCAAAAAAUAAUUUCCGUAAGCAAAAAUAUACGCAAACAGUAAAAAAAUGGCUUAACGAUGUCGAGUUACAUAAUCCUAUUAAUGAAGAUAUUGUAAUAGUAAAUUGUGAAAAUAUCAAAAUAAAUGAAACAGACAGUAAUAAACAAGAAGCUGAUCGUAAAGCAGCCGUUAAUAAUAAUAAACCUAAGCUUAUAAUUGAUAAAUCCUUAAAGACGAAUAAAAAAGUGGUACAAGCACAGUUAGCUAACAAAGACGGUAUUAUGAAAUAUGCUAAACCGAAAACUGAAGCUGUGGAAACUGGAAUAGAACUAGCCGAUCCUAAAGUACUUAAUAAUAAGAAAAUGAAAGUGCCAAAGAAAUUCGUCCCGCCAAUAAAAUCGCAGAUCCCUGUAAAAGAUAUUGCGUACGAAAUAAUAACUAUUGAUGAUAGUAAUAUCCAGGACUACAAUAAAGAAAUUAAUUUCAUUGAGGCAUGUGAACUAAUUGCAGUUUUGAUCUACAGUAAUGGAUUCUGUCAGCUGAAUUGUCAGUUUACUGACGGCACGUGCGUCGCUGACGGACUCCUCCUUGGUACUGGAGAUGUGUUCUACUGGUUCAAAGGCUCUAAUCAGAGUAUCAAAAAAGCAUUAGUACGUAUAUUCACCAAAAACACAGUUGUAAGUUAUGAAGCCCGAAGUGUCCUCAUCUACUUUGCAUCCCAUUUACAAAUUGACAUUUAUAACAUUAACAUGUAUGAUGCUAAGAUCGGCGCCAGCUUGCUAGAUCCAGACAACCCUCCCGAAAACUUCAGCGAUUUCCAGAAGCUGCUGUCUUUCACUGCACCGUACACGAUCGCAACUGAAUGUGCCCAACAGAAGGCUUCGUGGUAUGCGUCACUAUUGAGGGAGUGCUGGGUUAAGCUGAAAGAGAUGCUCGUGGAUAAUCAGCUGUGGCACGUCUUUGUGGAGAUUGAGAUGAAGUUAUUGCCGAUUAUUUCAGAAAUGGAGUGUCGUGGAGUAUCAAUAGACUUGUCCAAACUGAAGUCCUUGGAGGCACUUCUCAUGGCUAGAAUGCAACAUAUAGAACAAAAGUGUUAUAAGGCGGCUGGCAAAGUAUUCCAGAUCAACUCUACUGUGCAAGUCAGGAGUAUAUUGUACGAUGAACUGAAAUUAGACUCCAAGUGUAAUGUUAAGAUAAGGGAAACUUUGUCUGGAGGGCUCAAGUCCACUUCGGAAACCAUGUUACGCAGUCUGAUGUCAGUUCACGAAUUACCGAAGCUGAUAUUGGAGUACCGCCACCUUCACAAGGCCCACGCCACAUUCCUGGCUGGUAUCGCGCAACAUGUCAACGACAAUGUGGUUAGACCGACCUGGUUGCAAACAGCGGCAGCAACAGGCCGUAUCGCGUCCAGCAACCCGAACCUGCAGGCAAUACCGAAGGUGCCUUUCAAUCUUGUCAUGUUCCCUGAAGCUGAUGACACCGCUAAUGUGGAGUUGAAGUUUCGUUCUUUAUACGUAAGUCGCGCUGGCUACUCGCUGUUGGCGGCCGACUUCAAGCACAUCGAGUGUCGCGUGUUCGCUCACCUGGCGGCAGACAGCGCGCUGGGACGUGCGCUUGAGCAUGAUCACGACCUGUUCACUGUACUCGCUGCACUCUGGUUGAACAUACCUGAAGACACGGUGAGUCCAGCAGAACGGGAGCGGACGAAGCGUUUGGUGUACGCCAGUUUGUAUGGAGCGGGCACUCGCAAACUGAUGGAGAUUCUCGACGUGACUUACGAACAAGCUCUGCAGGUCGCUGCUAGCUUCAACAGAACAUUUCCAUCCUUGAAGUCGUUUGGUCGCCAAGUAGUGUCGAAGUGCUGCCAGUCCGGGGCUCGGCUCUCGACGCUGUGCGGUCGAGUUCGCCACUUCACCAACAUCACCAGCGCUGACUUCAACCUCAGGUCUCACUCCGAACGCCAGGCCGUCAACUUCGUCGUUCAGGGGUCUGCGGCAGACUUGUGUAAACGUGCGAUGAUACUGACAGAAGAGCAGUUCCGGGGUUAUUCCCCGCCCGUAGAAGCUCAUUUGUUGCUGCAGAUACACGACGAACUGGUGUGGGAGGUCAAACAAGAGCAUGUACCCACUGCUGCCUGUAUAAUAAAGCGUGUGAUGGAGGGGUGCGGGUCCCAAUGCGGUAUGACCGCGCCACUGCCCGUCGCCAUCACUGUGGGGGACAAUUGGGGCGACAUGGGGCUCUACCACUUACCCAACUGA